CGCGCGCAUGGUGCUGCCUUCACUUCACCCGUGAUGUGCAUUGGCGGCCCUGGCUAUCGGACGAGAGCCUCCCUGUUUACUUUAACGGGGCGCUUCUGAGGCUGUGACGCCGCUUGUGCUCCAGCCUGUUCCGUCAUGUGCAGCAGGCUUUCUCUCCACAGACAGAACGGCGACAGCCCGGCCGAUGAAGUGGGCUGGGCCGGCUUUCAACCGCUGGCGGCUCCGCCGCCUCAGGGUCCAUUGCUGGUGGGGCCCUGAAACCAAGAAAAAGUUGACGGCCGCUCCCCGAAAGAUCCACUGCGUCGGCCAUUAUUGAAGAAGAUCGAUCCUCGAUUCUUGAAUCUCGUCAUCGCAUCACAUCAACUGCCGUCAUGCCUUCAUCGCUCUCAAAGACCCGGAAGCAGAUCGCUAAGAAGCGCAACGGUGAGGUCAACGCUCUGCAUGAAAAGUCGCGAGACUCACUGCGCCUGCACAAGGCUGGUGUGAGGGACUUGAGGCUGCAGAAGCUGGCCGAGGCGAGGAGUAAAAAGGAACAGCCCAUCGGUGUGUUUGGCCCAUCUCAAGGCCAGUCAGUCACUAACACUGACGCUCUGACAGUUGACCGCGUGGCAUUCUUCCAGGAGAGGCUCAAAGGAAGGGACGACAGCCCUGUCGACGUCGCUACGGCACAGCAGUUUGUGGAAGAAUUCAUCCGCCAGUAUGAUGAGGAGUACGACUCCUUGAAAAAGACGCGAAGGCCAGGGCGGCCUGGCAGCGCUAGGGAGGACUUGCUCAAGAUGAAGAUUGCUGCCCUAAGAACAGAGUUCAAAAACGGUUUCGUUAUUCCGGAUAUCAUCAAAGAGGAAAAUGCGAAGCUACUAGUCCAGUGGGAGGGCUCGUGGGCGAGACUGACAACACUUCCAUGGAUCAAGAUGUCGAGCGCGGGCAGCGUGCGGCAAGCUGACUUUCCGAACAAGGGCAUCAACUAGGGCGGAUACUGCAAAGCAAAGAAAUGGCUCCAUAAACCACAAUUGUUUCUGCGGAUAAUACGAUCCAGUCGCCGCAGUACAUGCGAGAUCUCGAAACACUCAUGGGCGACUAGGUCACCUCAUCACACACUUUAGCGAGGUGACUUUACCGAAACCACGCAGGCUAGAGAAAGGCACAACAUUACCACCUCUCUAGCCCUUCAUGCGUUCACGCUGGCCUCUGUCAUGGCGUUACCUUAGAUGACGAUAGAGCGAGCUGGCACACGCUGAGCGGAGCGCUGAGGCUCGGGCAGGGGCGGGAGGACGGCAAAGCGGAGCGCACCGGCUAGCUGAGGUGGCAUCAUGACUCAGGCGCAAUUUUACGACAGAAAUGAAUGAACCAAACCUGUU